UACGGUCGCGUUUCUCCGUUAAAAAUCUGAAUGAAACUGGAUUUAAGAAUGGUAUCAAGAGCAUAGUUCUCUAUUUCUGUUAGAGUGAACUGCGAUUCAGAAAAAGGACAGAACCGCUGUCCUGUGCGCAGAAUAUAAAUAGAAGACAGUGUUCGCCAAUUCCUGCACUCUGACCGUGUGUUUACAAGAUGGGUCACCGCCAGUCACUCAUCUUGUGUCUCGCUUUCUCUCUCUUCCUUAUUUUCGGAGCUCUCAUAUUCAGGUACCUCGAAAGAGAGGAAUACGUAGAGGAACCUCAGGAAUGGCGGAGACUGAAGGAUAUCGUUUUGAAGGAAAAUGGUUCACACAGCGCGCUUUACGAAAUGCGGUGGUUAAAAGCGUGGAUUUCGGCGAAUUGCUCAAAUAUAGACAAUUCAACGGCUGACAUCCUCAUUUCGGAAGGAUCUCACCCAGACGCCGUGGAAGAGAUGGAAUACCUGUGUCCAGACCUGCACCGGGUGAGAUAUGAAUACACAAUGCCCUUCGUCGAAUCCCUCUUCAUGUGUAUGACCAUCCUUGCUACCAUAGGUUACGGGUUUCAGUAUCCAAUAACAACUGCGGGCAGAGUCAUGUGCAUAAUCUAUGCUGUCACAGGCAUUCCACUAACCGGCGUGAUGCUGAUUUGGACCUCUGACUUCUUCGGCGAACAGUUUUUCAAAUUGUUCAAGGCAAAGCUGGACGCAAAGAAGCAGCAAACCGACAAGUUCAUCGCCCUCUUCACCCUGAUUUACGUCGCCAUCGGGUUCGUGGUGUUCAUCUUAAUUCCGGCUGGAAUUUUCGCAGCCGUUGAUUACUGGUCGUACCUGGAUUCCGUCUACUUCGCCGUCAUCUCGCAGACUACAGUCGGUUUCGGAGACCUGGUAACUGGAUAUGAGAUAGAAGAAGGCUGGGCACGGGUUGUGUACCAAAUCUUCGUCAUCGUGUGGAUCAUGACGGGGCUCGGCUACUGGGUCACCGUGGUCACCUUCCUCACGAAGGCGCUCAAGUCCAGACGCCAGAGCUCCUUCCUGCGCAGCGCCGAGGAGAUGAAGGCGUCGAUGCUGCAGAUGGGGAUCAAGGACACCGACCCGAGGUUCCUCAGCUUCGUGCAGCAGCUGAACAACCUCCUCGGCGUGGAGAAGGGCGCCUCUCACGACGCAACAGCCUUCCUCGCACCUCAUCGCCUUCUGCAGCGCCGUUGAACUGAGAAGCUCCCUUUAACGAGGCCAUUGAGCCACUAAAUGUGGGCUCAAAUAGGCGGGUCUUCCAUGGUGGCACAGGGGGGCACCCGCCCCCUCUGCAAUCUGAAUGGCCCCUCCGUGUGCCCCCCACCCAAGAGUCAUUGACCCUUUAUAUAUUAAUAUAUAUUUAUAUAUAAUAUUUAUAUAUAAAUAUAUAAUAUUAACAUAUAAUGAUAUAUAAUACUCACACAGCAAGAUGAAAAUAUA